UGUCAAAAUUGUGACGUGAAUGUAUGAAUUGUGGAUGUAAAUAGCAGUGCGUGUGUGCAGAAAGCGUUGGAUUGUAUAUUUCCCUCAAAUUGAGUAUUUCACUUUCUAAUACUUCAUGAUAAGGUAUCGGUCAAGUGUAAGCCAUAGAAACGUAUAGAAUAACGCAAAAAACAAACAAACGAGGGAAUUAUUGAUUCAGAACAUUUUCAUUUCUUAUCUGCUUCAACAAAUGGAUGCAUAUUCCAUCGGCAGUCAUUGGUUGUCCGCCAGGGCUCGAGUACUUGUCAACGCUGGACUGUUUGUAUGUCGAAGAACAAGUCGAUAUUAUUGAUCUGUUCAUUGGAUUCGAACAGAAUAACCGAUACAUCAUAAAGAAUAUUUACGGCGAAAAGAUUUACUGGGCAGUUGAGGACAAUGAUUGUUGCACCCGUUGCAUGUGUGGUGGUGCUCGUCCGUUUGACAUGAAAGUCUUUGAUUACAGAGGAGUUGAAGUGAUUCAUUUUCGUCGGCCAUUGAGAUGCCAGAGCUGUUGUUUCCCCUGUUGCUUGCAGGUGAUUGAGGUGUUUUCGCCUCCGGGUGAACUUCUCGGAACUGUUGAGCAGAAUUGGACGUUAUGUAAACCUGAUUAUUCGGUUAAAAACCACAAUGGCGAAACCGUUUUACGCAUCACUGGACCAAUUUGCAUGUUGCCAAUGUGCUGCGACGUCGAGUUUAAGAUACUCUCAUUGGAUGGACAACAAGUUGGCCGGAUUUCGAAGAAUUUGAAUAUAGUCGGUGAUUGGUUGCUCAAUGUUCAUUUCUUUGGCAUUUCAUUUCCAUUGGAUUUGGAUGUUCGAAUGAAAGCCGUCAUGCUCGGCGCAUGCAUGUUGAUUGACAUGAUGUACAUGCAAAGGCGGGACCGCCAAGGAUGUAACUCUGGUAGAAGUUAAGAAUUUCUGCAAGUGGAAUGUAUCAAGGUCGAUAUGCAAAGUAAAAAAGGAAAUAAUUAACUAUUUCAUAGCU